AUGAUCGGGCUUCGACCUAUAAGUUUGUCGCUGCUACUGCGAUCGCGACAGGUUUGCAGACUCUACUCAUCUUCCUCGACUCAACCACUGGAUGGGAAACUUGAGGUUGGUCAAGAGCAAUCAAUCACCAAUUCGAAUUCCAUCACCUUGGAUCAACUAUCGGAUGAAGAUAUAAAGGCAUUUGUUCCAUAUGUUGGCAAGGGAUCUAGGUUCACAAGAAGAUCCGUGGCCUAUUAUACCAAGAAGCUUUGGCCACCAAGGCAUCAAGGUGAUAUUCCAGACAAAAAAUUGGUUAGGUCGGAUAUCCUUUAUGACAAUAAACCAACCACAGAGGCAGCAAAGAAUAUGUUGACGGGGAAAGUGGUUUAUGAACAGAAUAUGUUCGCGGCACAAAGUCAGUAUACUUAUGACAUUCUUCGAAUCUUGAAUGAAAUUAUUCUGGUGGAUGACUUACAAGAAGAAUUGCAAAUCAAAUCUGCCAAUCGAAGAAAAAAUAGUAAUAAUGACCAACCAACGAAAAAUCAGAUACCAAUACAUUGCUAUGAAGAUAUUCCUAGAAUCCCUAAUAACUUCAACCCGGUAACUUUUGAAAAUUACAUCCAUACUUUAACCCACAAGAAUUUCUAUUACAAAAAAGCCUCGAUGUUUGAUUCAUUAAUUACUAGAUUAUUGAGAGAACUUUUGAGGUUGGAUAAUCCGAAGACCAAGCACUUGCAAAAUAAUAUCAAUAUUUUUAAUGAUGUGAUAUACUUCCAUUCAAAGAGAAAAGAUUUGGCAUCCAUGAAGGAAUAUUUUUAUCAGAUAUAUCGUUUGAAGUUGGUGCCAAAUACUAAAACUAUCAAUUUAUUUUUGAACUCUUUGAGCCAUUAUAAUUCAUUACCACAUCAGUAUACUUCCCCAAGUUUAGUGACCCUUGGGUACUUGCAAUGUUUACAAAGACAUGAUCUCAAGCCUGAUUUGACUACUUUUACCUUGAUCUAUAACAAUUUACCGGAAUUUACAUCGAAAAUCAUGUUGAUAGAGUUCAUGAAUAAAAAGGAGAUUCCAAUCACCAAAGAGUUGCUCCGAUCAGUUAUUGGAGAUUUAUUGAACCGAAUGACCCCAGAAAAGGUCAUUGAAUUCUUUCAAAGCGGUCAAAAUGAUUAUACAAUCAAAAAUUUGGAUACUAUUGGAAUCAACGUUUUGAUAUCGCAACUUUUAACCGAAAAGAAAUUUGAGAAAGCCUGGAACUUUUACAUUGAGUCGAUUGAUAAUAAGAGUUACAAAAACAUUAAGCCUCAUGUGUUAAGCUUGAACUUAUUUGUUCAAAGAUUUGCCCAACAUGGAAGAAUUGACUUAUGUUUCGGAGCAAUUAGUACAUUUGGCAAACAGUUUAGAAUUUGGCCUGACAUUGUGACCUAUCAUAAUUUAAUAAAAUGCUCGGUUAAAACCGGAUAUCACAAAUACUGGAGAAAUAUCAUCAGAAUUAUUUAUCAUGAAGCGUGGGCCAAGACUUCCGGAACCAUAAUAGAAAUCAGCUCAUAUUGGUUGACCCGUGCCAGGGCAAGGUCAUUAACCGAUACCCAUAAUAAGUCCAUGUUACGAUUCAAAGAUCCAUUGACGGAAUUUGAGCUAAAUUUAGCUCAAGAAAUCAAAGAAAAUGUGGUUUGGGAAAAUUUGAAAAUUAUUGUUGAACCAUCGUUGAAGAACUCCAAUAAUGAUACAAAGUAUCUUGAAACUGUUCAGAAACUCCAUAUUUUAGACAGCAAGCGUGCGCCUUCCAAGAAGAAUAACGCUGCGGACAAUGACUCUAAUAAGAAAAAGCUUAAUAAUAUUUCCCCAACUAAAGCUUUUAAUGGGAAAUCUAGUGUCAUUGACCAACAUCUUUUGGAGGACGUUCUAGACAUUAAUAGCAAGAAUGUUGAUAGGAAACCAAAGAACCAGAGUGGUAAACGUACGAGAUACUUGAAGGAUAUCAAACAUAAAAAUAUUGUCAAGUUGUAUAGACGCAGAGUCGAUUGGAUUUUGAACGAUCCUUCUACCGCAUUGAAGAACACAUUGAACAAACGAAAAUUGAUUGACGAAAGUUGA